ACCUCUUUGAUAAAGUGAAAUAAAUUUUAUAUUACUGGCAAAAUCUAAAAAGGGCACAGCUAAUAACAAACCGAAGAAAAAAAAUACCUACAUCUUUUUUACCUAUAUUUUAGUAUCAUUGAACUGCAUAUAAAAGUGAACCGUAAUCAAAAUGCCGCAAACGUUUCAAGUUUUACGUUGCUACAAGUGUUUAACUUUUCAAGUUCAUAUAACAAAAAAGGCUAAUAAGUUCGAAUGCAAGCUCUGUGGAGAAAAGCAAUCCAUUAAAAGACAUUACGGAUUUGGUACAGCUAAAGAAUGUCGAAUUCAUGUACAGAAACUUAAUGGGAUUCGGGGAGAGAUUGAUGUAUUGAAGGAAACAACAUAUGAUGAUGAGUUUGAUAACAAACGUGUUGAUGUACAACUAAAUAUAGAAAAUUCCGACCCAAAGAAAAGCAAAUGGACAGACUUUGUAGGAAAACUAGAAGAUACCCCUGCUGCGGGGCUGAGUGAAUCCAUGUUUUUGAAUGCUGAGGUAGUUUUGGAAGUUACCAAAGAAGUAAGGAAAUUAGGUAAGAGGAACAAUUUUAAAUGUCCCUUUAUAUCAAAAUCAUCAAACAAUAAUGAACAUGAUAUAGAUAACAAUAGAGAAUCUUGUGCAAAAAAGGAAAUGGACAGUUACAGGCUUAAUGCUUCUUUUCCAUUUAGCAGACAAUUACAUGAAACAAAUGGGAAUGCUAAUUUUAUAAAUAGCAUUGAAUCUAUUCCAAUAAAAAUUGAAUCAACAAUAGACCAAAUGGACAAAAGAGCUCCCAAAAAAUUUUUAACACCAGUUGUUAAUAAUUCAAAAUGGGCGCAAUUUGUUGAAACAGAAGUUGAAUCUGAAGAUCAAAAUGAUUUUUAUGAUACCAGUGAAACAAUAGAGGAUGAGAAUAAUGACAAUUUAACUAGUAAGGAUAAUACUACUAAGGGUUCAGAACACCACGAAAAAUACAACUUUUGUAUAAAAAAUAACAAGUCAAGUUUAUUUAAAACCUCAUAUGCAUUGAAACGAAAAUCAGAACAGGAAAAAAAUAAAAAUUUAAGUAAUAGUUCCAUACCCAAUAUCGCUAAACAGGCACAAAUUAUGGAAACAGAUAAAAUUGGCAGUAAAGAUACUCCAAAAAUAGAAUAUGACCAUGUACAAAACCCAGUAACAGCUAAUACCCUGUUUGCUUUAUGUGAAGAUAGUGAGCUCGAUAAAAUCUUGGAUAUUUAAGGAUG